AUGAGCACAUCAACGCUUGGGACACGACUCAAAGGCAAAGUCUGCAUCGUGACAGGCUCCUCCUCUGGGCUCGGCCGCUCAAUAGCACUAGGCUACUCACAUGAAGGAGCCUUGCUUGUCUGCGCAGAUCUGCAACAGGAUGCACGGGCACAACUGAAUGGCGAAGAAGAGAUAAGCACCGAUGAACUAAUCAGACAUAGGGGUGGCAAAGCCAUUUUUGUGCAGACGGAUGUUAGCAAACGUACUGCUGUGGAGGAACUCGUCACUAGAACAGUCAUUCAGUUUGGCCGAGUGGAUGUAUUGGUCAACAAUGCGGGCAUCUCGAUCGAGGCAGGCAAGACACCAUGCCGAAUUCACGAAACUCCAGAGGAGUGGUGGGACUUGACCAUGGCUGUCAACCUAAAAUCAAUCUUCUUGGCCAGCAAGUAUGCUAUUGCUCAAAUGCUGAAGCAGGAGAGAAAUGAAUCUGGUGAUCGGGGGUGGAUCAUCAAUAUCUCAUCCAUCUUUGGUGUAGUUGGGGGAUACACCAUCCCUAAUGGGCCAGCUUCCUAUGCCGCUUCCAAAGGAGCAGUGUCAAACCUCACUCGGUCUGUCGCGUUGGACUAUGCAAAAGACGGUAUCCACUGCAACGCCAUCUGCCCUGGUUACACCGAGACAGCCAUCUUUGCUGACACCAUUAAGAUGCACGACAAGGAAAGCAUUCGAGCGAAGCACCCACUGCAUGGAACAGGUACACCACAGGACCUUGUGGGGGCAGCCAUCUUCCUCGCGAGCCAAGAGGCAAGAUGGAUCACUGGGGUAUGUCUGCCGGUUGAUGGAGGAUUCACAGCGCAGUAA